AUGUCUGACAUUGCAGUUUGCAACUUGGCGCGUGAAGGCAAGGUGACGGAGGUAGUAAACAACGUGACUGCUGACCCAAGCUUAAUCAGCUUGAAAGACAGUUCCGGAAGAACGAUCCUUCACUGGAGUGCCUGCGGAGGACAUUUAGAAUUGGUAAAAAUUCUAAUUCAAAAAGGAUGCCAACCUGACGAACCGGACGAAUCAGGCUGGACUCCACUGAUGAUCGCUGUGUCCGCGGGUCGUGAGGACGUGGUCGCCUACCUCCUUGACGCGGGUCUUCCCGUCAAUGUCCAAGUAGUUAAUUCAACUGGUCAGAACUGCCUACAUUAUGCUGCCUCUAAGAACCGCCUUUCAAUAGCAAAACGUCUCCUUCUGGCUGGUAUACAGGCGGAUUCGCGUGACUGGGGUGGCAACACACCACUCCAUCGGGCCGCAUGUCAAGGUCACACGGAUAUGGUCAAACUGUUGUUAGCAGGCGAGUCCCUUGUGGGUGCGCCUGAGGGUCUGAAAAUCAGCAAGUGCUCACCCAACACGUCUAAUAGUGCAGGACAAACUCCGCUGUAA